AUGUCCUCCUCAACUUCCACCCAGCCCGAUGCCUCCGCCCAAGUCUCCGGCCACUCCACCACCCAUGCCUCCAGCUCCGCCGAACUCGCCAGUCUUAAAGUAGGCCUGCGCGCUGCCCUGCGCCAGUUCCCCGACUUCCCCAGCCCCGGCAUCCUCUUCGAAGACAUCCUGCCCAUCUUCGCCGACCCCAAGCUGCACGAGUCCCUCAUCCGCUCCCUGGAGUUGCACAUCCUCGAUGCCUACGGGGGCCAGAAGCCCGAUGUCAUCGUCGGUCUGGAGGCUCGGGGCUUCCUGAUGGGGCCCAGCUUGGCCUUGCGUCUGGGUGCCAGCUUUGUGCCCGUGCGUAAGCAGGGCAAGCUGCCCGGUCCUUGUGUCACCCAGGCCUAUGAGAAGGAGUAUGGUCAGGACUUUUUCCAGAUGCAGGAGGGGGCCAUCAAGCCUGGACAGAAGGUGAUUGUCGUGGAUGAUAUCAUUGCUACCGGUGGCUCCGCUUGGGCUGGUGGUGAGAUGAUCCGCAAGAUGGGCGGUGACCUGCUCGGCUUCAUCUUCAUUCUCGAACUCGAGUUCCUCAAGGGCCGUGACAAGCUCCCCGCUCCCGUCUACACUCUGCUCUCCGGCCAGGCCUAA